GCAUAAGAGAAUCCCUAAGGAUUUGAGACACACGUGAGGGAAUCGCAAGCACGAGAGGCAUGGAUGCCCAGAGUUACGGAGAAAUCAAUCAACUAGGUGGAUUUUUCGUGAAUGGUCGACCUCUACCUAACGCAAUUCGUUUACGAAUAGUGGAAUUGGCUCAACUAGGAGUGCGUCCCUGCGACAUCUCAAGACAGUUAAAAGUAUCACACGGAUGUGUAUCGAAAAUUCUAGCAAGGUAUCAAGAGACAGGCUCCAUACUCCCAGGAGCCAUUGGUGGAAGCAAGCCCCGAGUCACAACUCCAAAAGUAGUGUCCUACAUACGACACCUAAAACAAAAAGAUCCCGGGAUUUUUGCCUGGGAAAUCAGAGACAAGCUUUUAGGGGACAGAGUUUGCGACAAAUAUAAUGUCCCCAGUGUCAGCAGUAUCAGUAGAAUAUUAAGGCAUAAAAUUGGAGUCAAUAAUAGUUUGGACAAAAAUCGACACCUGUACAAUGGAAUUUAUCAGUAUACUUGUGCGGGAAGUUCAGUGCAACCACAACCAGCAACUCCUUUGCUGAGCAAAGAAAACUCUUCAGUGACACCAAGACCGUGGCCAUCAGCCCACUCUGUUUCUGAUUUGCUAGGGCACUUCCAGUCUACAUCAGCGCUGACUGGGCAGCCAUUUCCCACUCCUGACGCAACUGCUGCCAUUACACAAAACUAUAACUAUUAUAUGUACCACCAUUUACACGGUCAUCAUCAUCAUCAUCAUCAGACUAACGCUAUGACAAGUUUCCUUCCAAAUAUUCAUCAAGUCCCAUAAAAGUUAUAUAAAAUAAAACCCUAUUGAAUUCUGUGAUAAUUGGUGCCAAAGAGUAACGCUUUUAAUUCGUUGUUUCUGAAUGGAAACAUAGUGAGAGAAAAAUACAUUUAUUUUAUACAAGGGUUGCUUAUUUAAAUCUUAUGUGACGGCAUAUAUUGCAAAGAUUUGAUAAUUAAUUAGAUAGGCGACAACAGGAAAUGUUUUAAAUAACGCUUUGUAAAAUGAUGUGUAAAUAUUAUUGGAAAGAAAAAUGUUGCGUUUUUAAAAUAAAUAAUUCAAAAACUCAAAA